UGCAUUCCUUUUCGAAGGCAUCUGCACCAGUUCACACAAAACAACAUCUUAACAAAAUACUAUUUGGCAGUAGCAAUAAAUGACUAUGCAGGAGAUUCCCCUGUGCCACUAUCCCUUCCGGAGCCAGAGGAACCAGCUUCCCUCUAUCGCCCGCUGUCACCCGUCCCUCUGGCCACAUCCAGUUUCUUCAGGGGAGUCUGGGGCGGCUUCCUGUGGCCACCUAGUGGCUAAGCCAGGAACUGCGUCACUCGUAGCUUCCUGCAGGAGUGGGGAUGGCCUCCACGCGCCCAGAGCCACUGCAGCAUCCCUCAGAACUGGGUACCGCUCGGUUGCCAAGGCUUCCUGCGGCCCAUGUUUCCAUGGAGGGACAGAAAUCAGAGAAGGCUGUUGCCUUGGAAACUCUGUUGGAAGUAGUGACUCAGCUGAUCUUGAGCAACCCUCUGCCCUCCAAACUCAGUCCUCCAGGGAGGUUUGAGUCCCAGACAGGGUGGCCCGGGGGGGACAACACCCCUCCCUACAUGUGACCCACUGCCCACCCCAGGGUUUGCUGAGGUGACAGGCCUAUGAAGUGUGGGGCUAGUGCUGGCAUGUGGCUGGGGCUCAAGGCACUCGGGGGGAAUCCAGAGGUGGGACCUGUGGUGGUGGUGUCAGGUGUCCCCUCCUCCGCUACCCAUGACACACAAAACACAGAUGACUAUAGCAGUCGGUGGCUUCACAAGCCAGCCUGUCUCUGCCAGGCAGAUUUGUUAGUAAAAAGGUGGUUGGAAGUUUCCAGACCUUUCUCCACCUCCUCAUCUGCAGCACAGCACAUUGAGAGGCAGGAGUUCUAUGCAGAGGGAGCAAAAGCUUUCCUCUUUGCUCUCUACACACCCCUCCUGGCCCAGCUCCACCUACUAAAGCCCAGCUGCCCUUCCAUCCCUGGCUUCCUGUGCCAUUUUGCCCUUUGCCCGCCACCCACACUGCAGCAGCAUGAACGUGAUCUCUCUGCUGCCAACACACUUGUGCUCAGCUCUGGCCUUUGCUCUGCUGCCCUCUGCCUGGAGCAUCUCCCAGACUCUCUGCUCGAUCAGCUCAAGCCUCACCUCCCUCACUCUGGCCAGACCCAGUGGGGGGCCUCACAGAGCCCGCAAGGAAGUGUGUGUCGAAUGGAGAAGAGAACCCAUCCCGUCAAACCCGUCCCCCCGCCUCUCCCACUCAAGCCUUUGCUCAUUUUUGUAGCCGCACUGUCCUCUACCCUGGGGUUUCCUGGCUCCUCUGGCCCUAGACUCUCUUGCCACCGGCCCCAUGCUGCCCAGGCUUACUGCCCGGUGCCACCAGCUGCCGGCUUGUUUCCUAAGAGUUUUGAGCUCUCUGAGGGUGGGAGCCGCACCGAGGUUGACAGAACCCAGAACACAAGAGCUGUUUGUUAAAGGGUGAACACAUAAGCUAAUUUUCUGAAUUUGAAAGCAGCCUUGGUUGCAGUAGGGCAGGCUUCACGUGGCUGCAGUCAGCAAUAACUCGCCUUGGGCCCAUCCCCAUUGUAAGGACUCGCCUUGCGUCAUUUAAAAGUCACCUUAACUGGCGCUGCCCAGACUAGCAAAUAAGACAGGAUGGCUAAAGGUGACCCCAAGAAACAAAAGGGCGAGAUGUCUGCUCAUGCCUUCUUCAUGAAGAGCUGCAAGGAGGGACAUGAGGAGAAAAUCCCAGAUCCCUGUCAAUGUUGCUGACUUUCCCAAGUGCUCCAGAGAGGUGGAAGAAGCUGUCUGGGAAGAAGUCUACAUUUGCUGAAGUGGCAAAGGCAGCUGCAUACGCUGUGAGAAAUGAAGGAUGAUGGAUCGGCUGAGGGAGGCAAGAAGAAAGACCCCAAUUCCCCCAAAUGGCCACCAACCGAGUUUUCCCUGUUCUGUUCAGAAUUCUGCCCCAAGAUCUAAUUCAUGGACCCUGACGCCUCUGUCUGAGCUGUAUGAAGAAGCUGGAUGAGAUGUGGAGCAAUUUAUGGAACAGUGAGAAGCAGCCUCAUAGCCUCACAACCAGGCAGGGAAGCUGAAGAAGUGCGGAAAGUGUGUCACCUCCUGCGAGUCAAAAGGAAAGUUUGAUGGUACCCAGAGUCCCGCUAACAGUGGCACCAAGAGUCCUACUAGCGAUGGCACCGAGAGUCCUGCUAACGUUGCUAGGAAGAAGGUGUGGAAAGGGGAAGCUGGAAGAUGGGGAUGGGAUCAACCUGAAUGACAUCGAGAAGGUCCUCCCGACCUGGCAGGGCUACCACCCGCUGCCCCACGAAGUGGAGAUUGCGCACACAAAGAAGCUGUUCCGGAGGAGGAGAAAUGACCGAAGGCGACAGCAGAGACCUCCAGGAGGGAACAAAUCCCAGCAGCACAGUGACCACCAGCCGGGUAGUGCCAAACACAACAGGGACCACCAGAAAUCCUACCAGGGGGGCUCGGUGCCCCACCCCUCAGGGAGGCCCACCCACCACGGCUACAGCCAGAACCGGCGCUGGCACCACAGCAACACGAAGCACCCCCCAGGGGACAAGGGGGAGGCAGGCACCCACCGCAAUGCCAAAGAGACCUUGACCAUGGAGAGCCCCAAACUUGAGGACGCCCUGGGGGACACUGGUCACAGCAGCCUCGAGCCCCCCCGCAGUCCUGAUGCCCCGGCCCCAGUGGCUUCCGAAAGGCUGCCCCCACAGCAGCCAGGGGGUCCAGAGGCCGAGACAAAGCGUAAAGACAGUAUUUUUCCCGAGCGCCUCGGGGAGCGGCCCAAAAUUACCCUGCUCCAGUCUUCCAAAGACAGGCUGCGGCGAAGACUGAAAGAAAAGGUACCGGAUGAAGUGACAGUGGAGACCACCAACCCUCAGCACAGCAAGAUGGACAAGCUGAUCGAGAUCCUGAACAGCAUGCGGAACAAUAGCAGCGAUGUGGAUGCCAAGCUCACCACCUUCAUGGAGGAGGCCCAGGACUCCACCAACUCCGAGGAGAUGCUGGGAGAGAUCGUACGGACCAUCUACCAGAAGGCCGUGUCCGACCGCAGCUUCGCCUUCACGGCAGCCAAGCUCUGCGACAAGAUGGCGCUCUUCAUGGUGGAGGGGACCAAGUUCCGGAGCCUGCUCCUCAACAUGCUUCAGAAGGACUUCACGGUGCGGGAGGAGCUGCAGCAGCAGGACGUGGAGCGCUGGCUGGGCUUCAUCACCUUCCUGUGCGAGGUGUUCGGCGCCAUGCGCAGCAGCACGGGCGAGCCCUUCCGCGUGCUGGUCUGCCCCAUCUACACCUGCCUCAGGGAGCUCCUGCAGUCUCAGGAUGUGAAGGAAGAUGCCGUCCUGUGCUGCUCCAUGGAGCUGCAGAGCACAGGCCGGCUGCUGGAGGAGCAGCUGCCUGAGAUGAUGACUGAGCUCCUGGCCAGCGCCCGAGACAAGAUGCUAUGCCCCUCGGAGUCAAUGCUGACCCGGUCGCUGCUCCUGGAGGUCAUCGAGCUCCAUGCCAACAGCUGGAACCCUCUGACGCCCCCCAUCACGCAGUACUACAACAGAACCAUCCAGAAACUGACAGCCUGACAGCCAGGGGGCCUGGCGGGCGGCCCGCGGGCAGCUGGGGCCCUAGUGCACAGGGCCAGAUGGACAGGCGGGAGGACAGAGAUGGCCCUGGUGGGAGAAAGAAAUGGGGAGGAAGGCAGGCAGAACCGGCGGCCAGCCUGGAGCCAGAAGGAAAAGGGAUCAAAUCCCUAAGAGGAGCGCCCCCCACCCGAGCCCCCAGCCAGCCCCGAGCAUGCGGCAGCUCACACCAAUACGGGAAGCAUGUUUCUUUUUCACAUUGGCCCCGGCCCUCGCCCCGCCUCACACCCACUCCCCCUACCCCCGCCCAUCAAACGUGUCCCCCGCAGGGCUUUGUGCUAGGGGUUUCAUCUCUGUCACUCCUCCUUGGCAGCCCGGCGCGCCGGGGUACUGCUUGGGUCAGAAAGGACCUCAGAGGCUGAAAAAGUGGGUCGGAGACGGGCUCUCAUUGUUCCUGCGUGCUGUCAGCCGCAGUCGCCAACUGGCAGCAGGCGACGCGUAGCAGAUGUCCGGGAGGACAAAGGCAGGCACGGUCCCCACCAGCCGCCCGUCAUUGACGGCCUUUGUCCGCCGUGGUCGAGCUGGGGGCCGGAGGCGUCCUGCUCUAACCUUCGCGCUCCUCCCUCCCAACUCCCAGUUCCUCCUCCCAUCACCCCCAGGCCUCAGGCCUCAAGCGAGGAGCAGGGAAGGGAGGUGGGGUUCCACUUGCACUCUUGUUUCACUGUGUUUUAUUUUUCAAAAGUCAGUCGCUUUGAAGUUUCCUCUGUCAAUGAAAAGAGCCUGCGAUGUGAUCACACAGUCAGCUCAGUGAGGACCCCCUGAUUAGUGGGAGAUCAAACCCAGCCCCCUCUGGAAGGAUUCUAGCCACAGACAGCUUGCCAGUAGCCAAUUAGGGUAAUUGGAAACUUCUGCCCCAGCGGGGGUCCGCGCAGGAGCCCUGUGCUCCUCAGCCCCUGGCCUCCAGCACCUCUGUUCUCUUAUUCUAGCUGCUCUCUCUCAAAGGGCUGUUCCUGGCACUGCUGGGAGUGCAUUAAACUCCAUCCUGGCCCCAGGCCUUGUGGUGAACAGGGCAGAGAACCAGGCCGGCAAAUGAAAGCCAAAACACUAGGUGACGUUUCCCCUUUCCACACACAGGUCUUGUCCUGAGCCCUUCCUAGGGUGGGGGGCCCACUGGCUCCCUAGAACUUGCACGUUAGCUAAAUGGGUUGUGUGGCUGUCCCUGGCCUGCGGCAGGCAGGAUCCAGAAGCCCAACCCUCAGCCGAGGUUGUCUGGCUCCAGGAGGGACUAGAGCUGGGCACUGCAGCCCCAGGGCUGUCUGCAAAGGGUGCAUUCAUUGAGUCCUGAGCAGGACAGUCAGGUGACCAAGUGGAGCUCCAGACAGAGCACUCCAGGCCGGGAGCAAAGCUGGGUGUUCUUGGAAGUGCCGGGUCCUGGGGAGCAGCAGCCCCUUUUCAAAUGGCCAGACAGGAGGAGGAAGCAGAUGCUAGGAGGCAGACUUUGGGUUGCCACAGGCAUCUGCACAACUCCAUCUGUGGGUGUGGAGCCCACGUUGUGAUGUGCCCCCAGAAUCCAGCUCCUUCCUUACUUGCUCCUUAGUCGAAGCCAGUGACUUCCUGGGUCACUGGAGGCCCCUGGCUGCAUUGUCCAGUCUAGCUGUCCAGGAGCUGAGGAUGGGGAGAGGGUUUCUGUGGGUCUGGGAGGGCAGGCACAGUGGAGUAGGAAUCAGCUUCCCCAGUACUCCCUGCUCUCCCCGUCCGGUGCUACCUGCCUUCCAGCCCCAGGGUAGGAGCCUGUGCCAGCCCCAUAAAGAACUUGUUGUGGACAAGGCAGGAGGCACAGGUUUACCUAGAACAUAGUCGCUUCUGCCAGGAAGCCCAUGCUGCUCCUGGCCAUUGCCUUCUCCCUCCGGCAUUCUCAAGCUUCUCUUCACCUGCCCUUAUCCCUCAGUUGGCACCUUGUACACCAGCCUGGGGCCCAGGGACACCAGGCCCCACCAGAGGGAAGAGCUCAGCUGAUAGUUGACUGCUCAGAGGGACAGCAGGGAAAUCAUGGUCUGGAGGAGUGAGGCAGCUCCAGACAUAUAGACAGCUCUGGGAAAACAACACCUACGUAAAAUGGGCCUUGCUUCCCUCAAGCGUGUGCGUGUGUGUGUGUGUGUGUGUGUGUAAGAGAGAGAGGAAGAGGGGAAGAGAGAGAGAGACUCAGCUAAAAAUGUGAGAGAAGCAGGACCCCAAAAAAAAGAGGCCCAGGAGUAGGGGAACAAGUCAAGGAGGCAGGGAGUAUUGGGGUUCUCUCCCCCUCCACUGAGCUCAGAGAGCAAACUUCAUGAAGGGACCCCAAACACAAGCACCGGGGGCUGAAGUAGCACCUGGGCACCGAGGGCUCUCCCCUCCCCCCAGAGCCCUCCUUGACACCUCAGGGCCCACCCCUCCUUGAUCGUUAGGACCAGAGUAUGAAGAAGUGAGAUAUAAAUAUGUAUACAUAUAUAAAUAUAUUUUUAAUUACGUGUCGUGUCACGGUGGCUCCAGACAUAUGGUUUGCGUAGUUAAUUCCAUUGCUUGAAAGCGCUUCCUGGCCCAUCCGAAUAUUUAAACUCUUUUUCUAAAUGCGGGUUGCUGCUACUUUUUCAGACAUGGCAGGAAAACGUUUUAAAAAACGGUUAAGGAAAUAACAGUAAAGCAUCAAGUCUGAGACUCUGAGGCAGCUCCCCAUGGGAGACUACUCAGACAGGAACUGGGGAGCAGAAAUGGGUGCCCCUCAAGCCCCCAUGCCCUCCCCAGGCAAGGUCCCCCUCUGCUGAGUGAGGAAGGCAUGUCCAAGUUGACCUCUGAAUGUAUCUGACGGGAGGCAGAACUGGAUAUUGCGUUUCCUAGGCUUCUGCUGUUUUCCCUCCUCGCCCAGUUUUCUUGGCGUGCUGAAGAGGCAAAGUCCGGCCAUGUGAUGUUGACCUUGUCUUGGUCUCUCCCCCCUGCCAGUCAAGACGAGGCAGCCAUUGUUUUCCUCUCAGGCAGCCGGCCUGCUCGUCACAGUCCUGUUCCUUGUUCCUGAGGCCUUGUGGCUUUGCCUGAGCCCUGGGACUGCAGCCCCAGGAAGAGUCCUGACCUUCCCUGACAAGGCGGGAGCCCCACCCCCUCCAUGGGGAAUGUGCACCCCCAAUCCAGUGGUGUCUGUUCAUCCUCCCUUCACCAGUCUGUAAGUCUUUAAGGUUUGGGGAAUGUCCUGUCCAUCCAUGUAAAUGUAAAUGUUGGCGGAGUUGGUAUUUAUUCUAAUUUUUAUUUUUAUUUUAUUUUCUCUGAGGGUUGGGAGGGGGGUGUGGGGAUUGUACCACUGAUCACGCCCUGGGCAGCUGCAAGGUCAGGAGCCCAGAGAGCCAGCUGGGCUGCCACGAGGAGAAGCCCCGUGGGGCCGCCCCAGACGCCAAGGCCCAGUCUGGCAUCAGAAACCAGCCAGUGUUCCUUGUGUGACUGCCUCUGGGCCUGCCCAUGGAGUCCUGUCCCUCAGCUGCCGGACACUCUGUUGGGAAACCUCUGGCUGGGCCUUUGAGGACACAGACCAGAAGGACGACAACACUGCUCUGCUUGGGACACUAGCACAGAAGCCACUGAGCCAGCUGGGAGCCUGUUGGCAGGACCUACCUCCCUGGAGCAUGGGCCUGGGGCUUCCCGCCAAAGCUGCAGUGGAAUCCUGCUCACGCGACCACCUUCCCUCCCUUGGUAUGUCCCGCUUUCCAGCUGAACCCAAACUACAAGUGGGUUUAAAAAAAUAAAACAACACCAAAACACAAAA